AUGGACGAAAUGCUGUCCGAUACUUCUACUACAGCCCCUAUCUCGCUGACAUUUGUACCUUUUCAUAUGUCGUAUCUUGAUCUGUUAUGCACUUGCAUAACGAGGACCCAUUCUGUAUUCAAACAGUCAUUCGAAUAUACAGAAUUGAUUAUUAAUCCACAAGAAAGUUCAGACGCGAGUCUAUUUGAUUAUCUACGCAAUUGCACUAUCAAGUCUGCUCGAGGUAUACUCAUUACUGCAAAGCACCUGCUGGGUCGCACGGAAUUUAUUAAUGACGACAAUCUCAGCCAAGAAAUAUCUAAUUGGUUAAGAAAAGCUCACUCGACGCUGGAAAAAUAUCUUCUAUUCCUUUUGGACUAUACCCUAAAUAUCGGCACCAUUAAGGAUGAUAGGAAGCCGUCAUUAUAUCGUGAUAUUGCCAAUGCGGAUAUUGCUGCUGCUGACUUUCAAUGGUACAAUCUUUCAUGGAAAUACUUUGUCAAAUUAUCCGCUCAAUGCGAUUGCCAAUAUUUUCAGGAAGCGAUAACGCUGUCACCUGUACUACGCAGUUUAUGUCGUGAACUCCACAAAAAUUACGCGAAACUAUUGUCAUCUUUAGCUCUUUUAGACGUGACAAAUAGGGACAUAGUAAGCAACAAACAGCUAGGACGACAGUUGGCUAUCGUUAGAUUUUAUGUGGCCCAUUUGCUCGAUAUAACCAAAUGUUACGCAAAGGUUAUUGUAAAAGAUGAGGAACAAAUGGAAGAAUUCUGGAGGUGUUUAAUUUAUAUCAGAAGCAAACUGCCACCAGAAAACUAUACGCAGUUUCAAUUGUCAACGCAAGCAAUGCGUAUUUUACACGACCGAAUUGUUCCUGGAAUAAACAACGUCUUUCUGGCUCUAGCGAAUAGUUUGAAAGAAGAACAUCUGUGUAUAAAAGCUAUUUGUAGCUUUGUUAACUAUACAGUUACUACGGAUGAAUCAACCACUGUAACUUCGAUAGGGGAAGUGGAAAUUAUGUAUGCCAAGAUACAGUACCUACAGACGAUACUACAGAAUUUCUGUGGCUAUCCAAUCCAGAUUCAAACUCGCCUUGUGUCAGCACCAACGGAUAGUGAAACAGGAGCACAGAAUUGUUUUUUGCUAAGAACUUUCUUUAAACUUGUAGAUGACUAUUUCAUUGAACGUAUUACUGCAUCAGGGAGCCCAAAGUUUAAUGAUUAUUCCGAACUAUCAGAUUCGAUCGACGAAAAUUCUCGCCCAGUCAAUGACGCGCUGUAUGUUCAGAUCGUUGUAACUAUAACUGUAUUGGGAAACAUUCUGCCACCGACACUAUUUGUUGUUUGGGAAAUGAGACUAUUGGAAGCAUUACUACUGUCAAGAAGUCAUUUUCUAUGCGGGAUAAUCAUUGAUUGUUGGGGUUGUGUUGCUAGAUCUCUAAACCCGAUCGAGCUAGAUAACCAAAUUCGAUUUCUGAUAGAUUUGCUUUCACAUCUAGCAAUCAACUCUCGGCCUUACCGAAGAUUACGAAGGCUUAUCAAUCGCUUAUCUUAUUAUCUGCCACCGGAAAAUCAGUUGAAUAUUGCCGACAAAUACGCUGUGAAAUGUCUGAGUAGAUAUUGUAUAGCUCGGAUCGAAAACGAUGCGGAUAUAGAUAAAAAGAAACUACUUAUUGCGUGUGCGGACGUAUGGAAAUUUUUGAAUCGGUUAAUGGACGAAGAGACAUCAUCGCUUUAUAAUGUCUUAUUUUCGAUAACAGAAGUCAUCCAUCUUGCAAGACAUAUUGCAAGAAAAAGAGAAAUUGAAUCCGACAUCAAAACUAGACUUGUCGACCUGGCUACAGAGGCUUUGCGAAAGAUAACGGGACUUGCUGUUUCUGGGAACGUCCCAAAGAUAUCAAAGACAAACUUAGAGCGACUUGUCCUUAGUCUCGAGGCAUCUUUAACAUUACUAACAAGCCUCCAGCCAUUGUCUACGACGGAUAGUAUGCACAUUUUGGAUUCGAUAGCUGGAUGGCUCUCUUCAAAUUCGUUUUUUGCGGCCUGCGUAUGCCUGAUGCCUGUUUGCAGCUUCAUAGGUAAAUGUGCAGACUUAGAGCUUGAUGAAGAUAAUAAGGCGGCUGCAUUUGAUGCAUUUGCAUUUAUCUGUAACGAACUAUUACGUAGUACUCAUUGGGUAGUUCAGCACGAGUCAAUCGCACAAACAGUCGGUAUUGUUUAUUUUGUACAGCAUACUCAUCAUCUAGAAAUUAUACGAACUUUAGUGCCACAAGAAUAUCAGGAGCUUAUCGUGAAAUUUACCAAAAAUAUGGCUACAAAUUAUACUAUUAAUAAUGAUAUUAAACUAGAAGUAAGCCAAUGGAUUGCUGCAUUUGGAGGGAAUAACAGACGAUCGCGCACCGUGAGGCUGCAUAGUAUUUCUCAUAGGAGUAUUCUAUCAUUACCCAGCCGAUCAAUGACGACACAAUCCGAACCCUCUCUUCCAUCAGAUGACUUGAUUGUCAGUAUUCGCAAAAUUCGUCAAUAUCUAUGGAAAUGCAAUCUGACGGACAGUGCAAUUGAGUUUGGUUCCGAGUUUACGACAGCUCUCACAGAUCUAAAUGCAGAGUUGACGCAGUUUUUUCAAAAACAUAAUAACCACGUUGAAGCUUAG